UCCUUUGUUCGUUCGAGUGUCCUUGAUCUCUCAUCAUCAGCGCGCGCUUGGAGCUCAUCAUUGCCAGUGACUGCAGUGAUUCCGGGCCAUUGUAUACCUUCCAUGAGAGUAUCUGUGGGUGUAUGUGUGCGCGCGUCCGCUUGUAGUGGUAAUGUGUUUGUCCCGGUCGGGCUCAUUAGUCCCUUUAAGUUUGUCAUCCCUUUUCCCUUUUUGGCGAUGCAGGAAAGGAUGCAGGACACAGAGUAACAGAAUUCUUUACUCCUCCUUUGCUCCAGUGUGUGUGUGUGUGUGCCGCGGUCGUUAGUGGCACCGAACAAAAGGAUGGAACGAUGGGGUGGAUCUUGAAGGUGGUGGCGUGUAAGUAGCGAAAGAGAUUUAGCCAGAUUAUUGCAGUGCUAAGGCAGUGUGGGAUCAAGCUGCUGGGAGGGGAGGGAGGGGGGGGGGGUUUGGGCAAGCUAACAAACAAAUGGAAAACAUGCAGACACACAAAUAGAAAUAUCCUUACAUAUUGGGUAUUGCUCGGGCCAUGGGCACUUAAGCUUUGAUGCUGAUACACACUGGAUGCACCAAAAGAGCACUAUUGCCGAAAUAAACCACCUAAUGAUGGGCGGGGCGGGGGGGAGAGGAAACCCUUUUUGAAGCUCAGAAACGGAAGGAUGGAAGGUUGCCAUUGUUGUACGGAAAAGUCUGCAGUGCUCUUCGCUUACCUCCCACCGAACCAACAUUGUCUCCCCCAUGACCUAAGCCAAGAGGUUAAGAUGAUCAUCUGUACUGUUAUUUUUUAGUAUUUUAGCUCCGCAUUAAAGGAUGUAAAGAGUAUCAUAUUUGUCAUACUUUGUAUGCGCUUCCCAUCUCUUUCGGUUGCGAAAUUUACGUCUAAAAACCACUCGACACCCUUUCUGGUCUUUUGUGCUGUGGGUGGUGCUUAUCCUCCAUUCCUCGGGGGAAGUGUAUGUGUGUGUGCGUGUGUACAACACAAGGCCCUCGAUUCGUCCUGUUUGGUUGAGUUUUGGAGUGCGUCUCAGGAGGGCAUCUCAUUAAUAGACUAUCUUCAGCCGGGUACCAUCCCGAUACGCCGUAAGAUCAAACGAUGCAAAUCGAACUGCUGCCACGAUAACACCGGAACCAAACAGCUUCCGAAUCCUGGCUCAUUCGAGCAGCUUUGUGUAACAUAAAUAAGCCACGCAGGAGAGCAUCCUUCUAACAACGUGGUUUAAAAAUAGCUUACACGCUGGAUUUACGCUCAACCUCAUUAGUGUCACGUGGGGCGGCCCCGUGCCCCGUGCUUGACUUGCUCACCCCCCUUGGAUGAGAGGGUGUGUGGUGGAUUUAUGCUACCGGAAAAGGGGCUGGUUUAACCAGGCAAAUCAAUCAAUAAUUGGCGGUCGAGCGGUGCAAUGAACGUGCCGCUUUUUGUUGCAUUUUCCCUCCCUUUGUUGCCUGUAUAAUUUAACGGCUGUGAUCGACUGUGUUUCAAAUUCAAUGGGCGGGAACAGUCCGCCGGUCGCGCGGUCAUCAGUGCAUAUUUAAUCCUUCCUUCCUGAUUCCAUUUAAAUACGACGGCGGAUCCACAUUAAACGUAGGCUCAAGCGAGAGCUGCUGCUGCAAGUGCAAACAAAAAAAAUGGACCAACCAACGGACGAGCUGGUGCGUUUCGAGUCGUUUAUCCGUGUGCCGGAAAUUUUCUUCGCCAUGAUCGGUGUGGCACGGUACGGUGAGCCGAAGCGAACGCUUCGGGCGUACCUGAAGCAACUGCUCUUCUGGUCGUCCUGCAUCAAUACCGGCUUCUGUCUCGUGAUCGAGCAUAUCUACUUCGUGAAGGCGGCCGGUAACUUUACCAACUUUCUGCAGCUGACCGCACUGGCACCGUGCAUGGGCUUUACCGCGCUGUCGUUCGUGAAGAUCAUGACGAUCAAGCUGAACGAGACGAAGCUGACCGAUAUGCUGCACCGGCUGGAUGCGCUCUUCCCGAGCACGGUCGCACUGCAGCAGCGGUACGGUGUGUACCAGUACAACCGUGAAUCGCAGGUCGUGAUGAAAUCGUUCUCGAUCCUGUACAUGAUCCUGAUCUGGAUGUUUAACCUGCUGCCGCUGGUGUCGAUGGUGGCGGGAUACGUUAGCGACGGCACGUGGCACAAGCAGCUGCCGUACUUUAUGUGGUACUGGUACGAUUGGCACCGGCCCGGCUACUUCGCGGUGACGUUUCUGCACCAGAACUGGGGCGGGUUCGUGUCGGCCGUGUUCUACCUCUCGACCGAUCUGAUGUUCUGUGCGAUCGUGCUGCUGCUCUGUCUGCAGUUUGACAUCGUGGCGUACCGGUUGAGCCACGCGCUGCCCGAUGACCACCAGGAGCUGGUCGGGUGCGUGCGCAUCCAUCAGGCGGUGAUCGAGCUGUGCAAUGAGCUGGAGCACAUGUUUUCCCCCUCGCUGCUGGUCAACUUUCUCAGCAGCUCCGUCAUCAUCUGUUUGGUCGGGUUUCAGGCGACGGCUGGGAUUACGCCGGCGGAUCUGUUCAAGUUUGUGCUGUUUCUCGUCUCGUCGCUGGUGCAGGUCUUUCUGCUGUGUUACUAUGGUAACAAGCUCAUCGUGGCGAGCUCCCAAAUUCCCUACAGCGCUUUCGAGGGGAACUGGAUCGGGGCGUCCGUUUCUUACCAGCGAUCGCUGCUGUUCGUGAUGUUACGCUCCACCACCGUGCAGAAGCUGACUGCGCUGAAAUUCUCCAUCGUUUCCCUGGCGAGCUAUUCGAAGAUACUAAGCACCUCGUUCUCGUACUUUACGCUACUGAAAGCUAUGUACGAACCUAACGAGAAGAAAAUGAAGUGAACCGUUACUUACAUCGCAUCUAGUAGUCAUCGUUUCUGCUGCAAACGAAUAGAUUUCAAGCGAAAAUACAAACCACCGGUAACAUACAAACCGAAAAUCAUGUUAGCAAACCUGCCGAAAGGGAACAUCUUCAACAGCACAAACGAAAACAUUUCGGAGUUUCAUCUCCGCCAUCUCCUUAAACCUACGCACACACACAAACACUAGAGAACACGGGUUUAGAUUUAAAGAGAUAAUCUUUAAAUUUUAUUAUUUCCUUAACGCUGAUCCAAUAGCCAGCCGUGGGAUGUUAUAAAGUAAAUAUUCCGCGCGCUCCUUCGAUACGUGUAGCCCGAAACAAUGGCUGGGGGUGGUGGUAGCACUUUGUUUACACGCGCGCGUACGCACUCACACUCACACCUUCUUCCUCACCCGAAUUCCAACCAACUUAGAACUUCAUACGGUGCGGGAACAUGUUGGUGCGCAGCGAGAACAUCGACUUCAGGUAGCGCUGAAUCAGCUUGCCCUCCGGGUGGGCCUUGAUGGCGGCCAUCACCGCGGUGUCGACCGUCUUCUGGUCCGCCUUGCGCUGCUCCGUCGGCACGUACUUGAACUCCUUGCGCGCGAAGAUGUCCCGCUCGGUGCGCGAGUCCUUCUUCGGGUGGACGCGUCGGAAGUAGCGAUCGUCGAUGUGCUCCGGCACCUUCACGCCCCGCAGGUUGACGCGCGUCGUGGUGGCGAUGACGUAGUUCUGCGCGAUACGGCGCAUCGGGCAGGAGUUGAGCUGGAACGGACCGGUCACCAGGAGCAGUCCGGUCUUGAGGGUCUUCAGCAGCACCACUCGCUUUCCCUUAUGACGGCCGGCGAGCAGGAUCAGCACCUUGCCGGGCUUCAGCGACUUGCGGAUGUUGCGCUUGUGGUUGCGGAAGCACCUCUUGGCCGGGCGCUUGUGGGCGAAGCGCUUCGUCGGCAGGUUGGCCUUGUUCUUGCGCAGCAGCACCGUACGCUCGCCGCCGUUCUUCGCACCGCCAAUCUUCUUCACGAUGGUGACGGGCUUCUUCGGCUUCACCUUCGCCGGAUCUACCGUCUUGGCGGAGAGGGGCAGACGCGUCUUGACCAUCCGGGAGCGCACCGCACGGUACAGUCCGGCCGUUAGCAGGCUGGCCGGGUACUUGCUGACCUUCUGCACCUUUUUCGGUGCCUUUCGGACCUUCUUAACAGCCUUGGCCGGAGCGGCGGCCUUCGUUUCCUUUGGGGCCAUCCUGAAACACGUGUAAAUAAGUGAAACACACUCCUAGAAAAGAA